AUGUAUGUAAACAAAGUACGCUUAAGCCUCAAAGAAAAGGAUAGAGUUACUGACUGCUCAUUCCUCAUCUUCCAUCGUGAUCUUAUUAACAUCUACUGGGACACUUUGUUGGAUCGCAUACCAUCGAGACAAAGCAUAGAUUUCUUUACGGCAGCUAUUUCCGAUUGCAUACGCUAUGCGGAGAAGUCUAGACGAGCUCAUCAAAUGGAACGUUUUCGAGAUGACAUAGUUGAUACGAUCAAGAAGGGAUUCCUCGUUCCUUUAUGUGCUGCAAUCGAGAACGACGUGCGCGUGCUAUCUCACCAACAUCUAGUCGUCGAUGAAAGGUAGCU